AUGGUUGAACGCUUUUCUGUAGAGCAGAUCUCCGCCUCAUCCAAGCAAAUGUCCGGGAUGUCAAAGACGAAGACCCUACUUUUCAACAUCUUCAUCAUUUUCCUGUCGCUCUGCGCUGUAGUGGCACUCAUCGUCGCCUCGAUCGCAAUGAAAAAGACACAGGAGCUUGAGAAUUUCAAGUCUUCGCUCUUCAUCAGUGACCUGGAGCGCAUCUUCAAUAGCACGGCCUAUGCUAUUGCAAAUAGUGGAGCAGAUGCACCGGCAUGCAGUAACCUUACUGCGGAGACUAUCACCGGCCAAACGACACUACCUGGUGUUUGUGUGUCUGUGAAAGAGAGCUAUGAUAUGUGGGUGACCAGGCUGGCAGAUAACUGUGCUCCAUAUACUUUCGCCGAGGAGAACUGUACUGGUGCUUUUAGAAACUUUGGUAAGGUGGCUACCCCUGCCUGUAUCGUCGCAGCAGGAGGAGGCCGGUUGAGCGGGAAGGAUGGUAACUUUUACAGGAGCUUUCAGAUAUCAUGUACCUAG